CACAUACAUAUAGUCAUACGGUAUUGACUCGGAAGUGUUUGAAUGAUUUAUCUUGAUUUAUGGAGCAAGAGGUGGCCAUCGACUUACCCGAAAGGGCAUAGUGCGGACUGGGGCCAAUGACCUUCAUCAAAUCAAUGUUCUUCGCAUCUUCACCUCCAGUUCACUCAGUGCACCUUCCACAACAUUCACUCUUUCCCUUGAGAAGAAUACUAGUAUAGAAUAAUAUUACUUUCCUAAUCCUUCCGUUGCAGUGCCUCCGUAUUGCGGCCAUGCCGACUUGGCCUUAAACUACCGCCUGUCCUCGAUCGCUAAAAUCAGCCACAUCCCACGGACAGCUAACCAACCAACCAACCUCCCUCCCGCUCACCCUUCCCAAACCUCUCUCAACCACCAUAAACCUCAAGAUAAUGGCCUCUCCAAACCAAUCGCAAACCGCCGGCCCAUCAACCCAACCCCUAACCCCCCCAGCCGAACCCUCGACCAACACCGUCAACGCCUCCCAGCAACCAGCAGCAUCAGGGAGCAACAACACCACCGCACCCACAAGCUCAUCAGUCGCACAACCCACCCAAGUCCCCUCCACCUCCUUAAAAGACAGCGGCAAGUCCCGUCGCCCCCGAGAUGUCCGCCUCAUCCACAUGCUCCUCGCCUCCCUAGGCGUCACCGCAUACCAGGAACGCGUGCCCCUUCAACUCCUCGAUUUCGCCUACCGCUAUACCUCCGGCGUCCUGCAGGACGCCGUCCAUCUCGCGACGGAGGGCUAUGCCGGCGCCACGGGGGAUGCGGGUGGCUCGUCCAGUCGGGGCCCGCCCGAGGUGAAUAGCGUGUCGUUGCCGGCGUUGAGGCUUAGUAUUGCGUCGAGAUUGCAUUAUCAGUUUCAGACGGGCUUGCCGAAGGAGUUUCUUAUGGAUGUUGCGGCAGAGAGGAAUCGUGUUGCCUUGCCCGGUGCUACGAGGGGGUAUGAUCAGGGUCAGCAGGCGAAGCCGCAGGCUAAUCAGAGUGUUCUGAUGGGGGGUAUGAGGCUGCCGCCCGAGAGGUUCUGUUUGACUGGGGUUGGGUGGAAUAUGAAGGAUGAGUGGGAGAGUGAAGGGGAGGAGGAAGUGGAGGAGCCGAAGGAGAGUAAUCACGCUGGGCUGAGUGGUGCGGCUGGUGAAGAGGAGGAGGGAGCCGAGGACGACGAAGAUGGGAAGAUGGAGGAUAUCUUCGGAGAAGAUGCUGUUAUGGGGGAUGGAGAUGAAGACGGGGACAAAGACAUGGCGGAUGUCUAACGGAGUCCCUUUUUCUCUCUUCGUUUUUACUUCCACACAAAAGAAGAAAAUAUCCGGACGGGACUGGCGAUUAGGAGUUCGGCGCACGAAACAGGUGUCUUAUAUUCUGUCAAGAUCAGCCAGACAACAAGCUUUAUCAGGAGGAGAUUUGCUUUCAUUGAGGCUGUGAGAUAUCAA